CCCCGGGAUGCGUCCGAGCUAGGAGCCAGGUCGAGGAUGGGGAACACGUCUGUCUGGGCUUUGAGCCUCCUUAUGUUCCAGAUACUGCUCUUUGUGGCUGGGGAACAGGGCACACAGGAUGCUGCCACCAACAAGAAGGGGCUUCAUAUGCAGAAGGUGGGGUCUGGGUCAGUGCGGGCUGCACUGGCGGAGCUGGUGGCCCUGCCCUGUCUCUUCACCCUGCAGCCACGGCCAGGUGCAGCCCAAGACACCCCUCGGAUUAAGUGGACCAAGGUGCGGACUGCAUCAGGACAGCGACAGGACUUACCCAUCCUGGUGGCCAAGGACAACGUGGUACGGGUGGCCAAGGACUGGCAGGGGCGAGUGUCGCUGCCCUCCUAUCCCCGGCGCCGAGCCAAUGCCACGCUACUGCUGGGGCCUCUGAGGGCCAGCGAUUCCGGGCUCUAUCGCUGCCAGGUGGUGAGGGGCAUCGAAGAUGAGCAGGACCUGGUGCCUCUGGAGGUGACAGGCGUUGUGUUCCACUACCGGGCAGCCCGGGACCGCUAUGCACUGACCUUCCCCGAGGCCCAGGAGGCCUGUCAUCUCAGCUCAGCCACGAUUGCAGCCCCACGACACCUGCAGGCCGCCUUUGAGGAUGGCUUUGACAACUGCGAUGCUGGCUGGCUCUCAGAUCGCACCGUUCGGUAUCCUAUCACUCAGUCCCGUCCUGGUUGCUAUGGUGACCGUAGCAGCCUUCCAGGGGUUCGGAGCUAUGGGAGACGCAACCCACAGGAACUCUACGAUGUGUAUUGCUUUGCCCGUGAGCUGGGGGGAGAGGUCUUCUACGUGGGCCCGGCCCGCCGCCUGACAUUGGCCGGCGCGCGUGCCCAGUGCCGCCGCCAGGGCGCCGCGCUGGCCUCGGUGGGACAGCUGCACCUGGCCUGGCACGAGGGCCUGGACCAGUGCGACCCGGGCUGGCUGGCCGACGGCAGCGUGCGCUACCCUAUCCAGACGCCGCGCCGGCGCUGCGGGGGCCCGGCCCCGGGCGUGCGCACCGUCUACCGCUUCGCCAACCGCACUGGCUUCCCCGCGCCCGCCGCGCGCUUCGACGCCUACUGCUUCCGAGCUCAUCACCCCACACCACAACAUGGAGACUCAGAGACGCCCUCAUCUGGAGAUGAGGGGGAGAUUCUAUCAGCUGAGGGGCCCCCCAUCCGAGAACUGGAGCCUAAUCUGGGGGAGAAGAAGGUGGUCACCCCUAACUUCCAGGAACCUCUGGUGUCCAGUGGGGAAGAAGAGCCCCUGAUCUUGGCAGAGAACCAGGAGUCUCGAGAGACCCCCAGCUCUACCCAUGGGGACCCUGCGCUGGCCUCAUGGCUCACUGAGGAAGUGCAGCUGAGCACGGAGGCCCCCAGCCCCAGCAGCACAGGGACAGGCACUGCAGUGGGUACACGCACAGAGGUGGCCCCACCUGGCCCCACACCUAGGAGGAGGGGGCGCUUCAAAGGUUUGAAUGGGCGCCACUUCCAGCAGGAAUCAGAGCAAGGGCUGGAGGGGGCCCUCGAGGCCAGCGCCCAGCCCCCCACCCCAGAGGCUGCUGUGAAUCACGUCGAGCCCCCCUUGGCCUCAGGAGCCACAGAGGCCUCGGGGAGCAGCCGGAGCUGGAGCCCCUGGGCUGAUCUCACCAAUGAGGUGGAUGUGCCUAGAGCUGGUUCCCCUGGUGGCAGAAGCCCCCCAGAGCCAUGGCUGUGGCCCCCCACCAUCAUCCCACCCAGCCUCCCAGGUCCCAGCAGGGCCCCUGGCCUGGAGCUAGAGAAGGCCGAGGGUCCCAGAGUGAGGCCAACCACCCCAGACCUGCCCUGGUCUCCCUUGGAGGCCUCUGUCCCUGCUCCCAGCCUCUCAGAGGGCCCCAGUACUGGCCCUUGGGGGGCCUCCCCGACAGUCACUUCCCCAGACUUCCCUAUGAUAGCCAUGCUGCGUGACCCCAAACCAUGGCUUGUACCACACUCAACACCUGUCCCCACCAAGGCCAGUGAGGUCGGGGGGCGUGGCAAGGCCAUGGCCACUGCCCCACGCUCUCCUGUCUCAGAGACCAAGGUAUAUUCCCCACCCCCCUCCUUGGGCCCAACAGGACAGGGUGGAGAGGCAACACCCACAACACUCACCAGCCCUCACUCCCCCAGGGCAGACUUUGGAGAAAUUCCCAGCAGCCCUACUCUGCUCAGCCAAGCUGAGCACCCCAGAUCCAGCCCAUGGGCUUCUGUGGACAGGAACGUGACGGCAGAUUUUGCCCCCACCAAGACUGCCACUGAGCCCACGGGUGUCAGAAACAUCUGGGAGUCUGAGUCUGGAGUCUCCAACACAGCAGGAAGCCCCACUUCUGGCUUGCAGGCCACCAUGGAUGAGGAUCAGGGCACCUGGCCCUCUCUUUACAGCAAAGGGCUAGACACCAGCCUCCCAUCUGCACCUUCGGGGGGCCUUGGAGUCUUCUUCGUGCCUGGGAUCACCCCAAGUUUGGAGCCUUGGGCUGCUACACAAGGAGGAGACACAGUAGACCCCAGCAAUGCCGGCGGAAUUUGGGAACCUGGAUCCCAUGUAGUUGAAGGAGCUGAAAGUCCCACAUUGAGCCCUCAGGUGGCCAUGGAUACAAGCAUGGUGACAUCCCUCAUGUCCCUGGACCAGGGAGACAAGGUUGGGGUCAUGGUCACAUCCAUAGUGGCCUCCUCAAGCUCCCAACCCCACUCAGAGCCGGGGAGCCAGAUGGUGGCCCAGGGAACAGUGGGAGCCCCUCUGCCUCUGGGAAGCCCCCUGGGGAAGCCGGCUCUUCCUCCUUGGACAUCAACUGCAGCCGGCAUGGAUGAGGCUGCCUCGGUUUCCUCGGGGGAGCCUACUGUGCCGUGGGACUCCCCCAGCACCCUGCUGCCUGUCUCCCUGGGCACAGAAGAGUUUGAGCUGGAGGUCCUAGCGGGGAGCCCAGGUGUGGAGAGCUUCUGGGAGGAGGCGGCGAGUGGAGAGGAGCCUGCCCUACCAGGGACCCUAGCAAAUGCAAGCGCAGAGGAGGCCCCCUCAGAUCCCUGUGAGAACAACCCUUGUCUGCAUGGAGGGACCUGUAACGCCAAUGGCACCAUGUACGGCUGUAUCUGUGACCAGGGCUUCGCUGGGGAGAACUGCGAGAUUGACAUUGAUGACUGCGUCUGCAGCCCCUGUGAGAACGGAGGCACCUGUAUUGACGAGGUCAACGGCUUUGUCUGCCUUUGCCUCCCCAGCUAUGGGGGCAGCCUCUGCGAGAAAGACACGGAAGGCUGUGACCACGGCUGGCACAAGUUCCAGGGCCACUGCUACCGCUACUUUGCCCAUCGUCGGGCAUGGGAGGAUGCCGAGAGGGACUGCCGCCGCCGAGCUGGCCACCUGACCAGCAUCCACUCACCUGAGGAGCACAGCUUCAUUAACAGCUUUGGUCAUGAAAACACGUGGAUCGGCCUCAAUGACAGGAUCGUGGAGAGAGAUUUCCAGUGGACGGACAACACCGGGCUGCAAUACGAGAACUGGCGGGAGAACCAGCCAGACAAUUUCUUCGCGGGUGGAGAGGACUGUGUGGUGAUGGUGGCGCAUGAGAGUGGGCACUGGAAUGACGUUCCCUGCAACUACAACCUCCCCUAUGUCUGCAAGAAGGGCACAGUGCUGUGUGGUCCCCCUCCAGUGGUGGAGAAUGCUUCACUCAUCGGUGCCCGCAAGGCCAAGCACAAUGUCCAUGCCACCGUACGCUACCAAUGUGAUGAAGGGUUUGCCCAGCACCAUGUGGCCACCAUCCGGUGCCGGAGCAAUGGCAAGUGGGACAGACCCCAGAUUGUCUGCACCAAACCCAGACGGUCACAUCGGAUACGGCGACACCACCACCACCACCAACACCACCACCAGCAUCACCACCACAAAUCACGCAAGGAGCGCAGAAAACACAAGAAACACCCAGCGGAGGACUGGGAGAAGGACGAAGGGAAUUUCUGCUGA